AUGGUCUCCCUCGCUCCUUUCGUCCUGAAGCGGCCUUGGCUGACCAAGAUGCUGACGCCCGCCGCCAAUUGGUACGCCAACGCUGCCGGAUACCGCCAGCUCGGUCUGAGAUACGACGACCUCCUCGAGGAGGAAAGCGAAGCCAUGCAAAUCGCCCUCUCGCGCCUCUCCGCCAAGGAGGCCUACGAGCGCGUCUACCGCAUCCGCCGCUCCGUCCAGUGCAGCACCAUCCACAAGCUGCUCCCCAAGGACCAGUGGACCAAGCCCGAGGAGGAUGUUCCCUACCUGCGAAACAUCCUGGCACAAGUCCAGGACGAGCUCGCCGAAAAGGACGCCCUCGACUCCAUGACCGUCAUCAAGAAGCACUAA